ACCUCCCCCCCUCUCCUUUCACAUAAGACACCAAUGAAGACAUAAGACUCUUCAGACUCGCAUCAAAUUUAGCAACACACUGAGUCUGAGAUCUGACCCCCUCUCUAUCUGCCUGCCUAUCUCUUUGGGUCCUUCCCUUUCCUUUUAUAGUAGUAACCAUAUAGCAUAUAGCCUCACUUGGAUCCUCUCGCCCAUAAAAAGCUGCGCUCUUUUAUGGUCCACUCACGUACCCACCUCCUUAUUUGAUCCACAACUUCAUCAGAAAGGCCACGGGGACACCUGAUAUUGUGCUCGUUUGUUAAUUGGAAUUUGUAGCGUUCUCUUCAUAUCAGAGCUUUGGGGAGGCAGUGCUAGGCAUUUGCAAUAGUGACUUUGAUUGGAGAUAUUUGUAGUGAGAAGAGAUAUGUAUUGCAAUCUUUAAGUAUUUCAUAUAGUAUCGUUUGAAGUGCUUGAAGACUGCAUCAAUGAUGAGGGGAAGAUCUGAUCCAGCCCAGAAGAAGCACACAAUUACGAUUCUGUGUGUUUUGGCAAUCUUUCUUGUUUUUCUCUACGCAUAUUAUGGUUCAAUCUUUGGCUCUCAUAGUCAUGGUACGUCAGCUCUAGAAUAUGGUAGAUCUUUGCGAAAGCUUGGUUCAUCUUAUUUGGCUGGGGAUGAUGACACUGAUGGCAAAGAUGACUCUUCAACAAGGUAUGGACAGGAAGACGGAGAUGAUGAUGUCACAGUAAAAAGCUUCCCGGUUUGUGAUGAUCGCCAUUCGGAACUCAUCCCUUGCUUAGACAGACAUCUCAUAUACCAAAUGAGACUGAAGUUGGACCUGUCUUUGAUGGAGCACUAUGAGAGGCAUUGUCCUCCUCCAGAAAGGCGGUACAAUUGCAUGAUUCCUCCUCCGAUAGGGUAUAAGGUCCCAAUCAAAUGGCCCCAGAGCAGAGAUGAAGUUUGGAAAGCAAAUAUACCUCAUACUCACCUUGCACAUGAGAAAUCCGACCAGAAUUGGAUGGUUGAAAAAGGUGACAAGAUUAAUUUUCCUGGGGGAGGCACACAUUUUCACUAUGGAGCUGAUAAGUAUAUUGCUUCAAUUGCAAAUAUGCUCAACUUUACAAACAACAAUCUAAACAAUGAGGGCAGGUUACGUACAGUUUUUGACGUUGGUUGUGGAGUUGCAAGUUUUGGAGGCUAUCUUCUAUCAUCUGAUAUAUUAACAAUGUCCUUAGCACCCAAUGAUGUGCAUCAAAAUCAAAUCCAAUUUGCUUUGGAAAGAGGAAUUCCAGCAUAUCUUGGUAUUAUGGGGACCAAAAGGCUUCCUUACCCAAGCAGAUCUUUUGAACUUGCUCACUGUUCUCGUUGUAGAAUCGAUUGGCUCCAAAGAGAUGGGAUCCUUCUUCUUGAGCUAGAUAGGUUGCUCAGGCCCGGAGGCUACUUUGCGUACUCAUCUCCAGAAGCAUAUGCACAGGAUGAGGAAGAUCUCAAAAUAUGGAAGGAGAUGAGUGCCCUUGUGGAACGCAUGUGUUGGAGAAUAGCUGCAAAGAGGAACCAAACUGUCAUUUGGCAAAAACCACUAACAAAUGACUGUUAUAUGGAAAGAGAACCUGGCACUCAACCUCAUCUCUGUCGAUCUGAUGAUGAUCCAGAUGCAAUCUGGGGUAUGCCGAUGGAAGCUUGCAUCUCACCCUACUCUGACCAUGACCAUAAAGAAAAAGGGAGUGGAUUAGCUCCCUGGCCAGCUAGAUUGACAACUCCUCCACCUCGACUUGCUGAUUUCGGCUAUUCACAUGACAUGUUUGAAAAGGAUAUGGAACUUUGGCGGCAUAGAGUUGAGAAUUAUUGGAAUCUCUUGAGUCCGAAGAUUGAACCAAACACUCUGCGGAAUGUGAUGGAUAUGAAAGCACACAUGGGAUCAUUUGCAGCUGCUCUGAAGGACAAGGAUGUUUGGGUGAUGAAUGUUGUGCCUGAAGAUGGACCAAACACUCUGAAGCUGAUAUUUGAUAGAGGCCUUAUAGGCAGUAUUCACAGCUGGUGUGAAGCCUAUUCCACAUACCCUCGGACUUAUGAUUUACUCCAUGCUUGGACCGUCUUCUCAGACUUAGAAAAGAAAGAAUGCAGUGGUGUUGAUCUGUUGCUUGAGAUGGAUCGCAUACUCAGGCCAACUGGAUUUGCAAUUAUCCGCGAUAAACUGUCGGUGGUUGAUUUUGUUAAGAAAUAUCUACCGGCAUUGCACUGGGAAGUAGUGGCACAAACAGACUCCAGUUCAGAUUCCGACCAGGACGGAGACGAUGUUGUACUUAUAAUCCAAAAGAAAAUAUGGCUAACAAGUAACAGCCUCAGGGACUUGGAAUAGGAAAAUGCCUCUUCAGUCCCUAUAUAUCAUUAUUUAUCUGCUGCCUCAAGGGAGUAGAAGCAUGUCCUGGAGCAUUGAUCUGGUAACAGUAAAUUUUGUAGCAAUCAAGUGAUUACAUGCUUUUUCUUUCUAUUCAUUGGUUUCUAUGUCCUUGAUUUUCUUUUGUUAUAUCAAUUUACUCAUUAAAGCAUUGAAGUAACUGCAUCUAUAGUCUGCUCUUCCACCUCACCCCCUGUAUGUGUAAGCUACUUAGCCUACUUUGCUCUUCACUAUUAAUUCAUAGAAGAUGUACUGCUGGACUGCUGAAGUACAUAUAUUUAUCAAUUUGUUUGCUCAUA